AUGAAGACCUCCGCCGCCGCCCUGCUCGCCGCCUUGGCCGCACACGCGGCUGCCUCACCCCACGGCGUUGGCUGGGGAGGAGAGGAGCAGGACGACGACUGGCACUCGUUCGGGAAGCCGACGCUGGGCUGGCCGAACCCAACCUGGCCGCCCAAGUUCUGGACCAGCACCAUCUACACGACGAGUGUGCACACUAUCACGGGCUGCCCGCCGGCCGUGCCUAACUGCCCGGCCCACGGCGGCACCGUCGUCACCACCGUGACCGUCCCCGUGAGCACCACCGUGUGCCCCGUGACGACCACGCCACUGGUGGUCCCUCCUCCGCCGCCACCGCCGAGCUCUCUCCCACCGCCGCCACCGCCGCCGCCGCCGCCGGGCUGGUCGACCACGGCCCCGCUCCCCGUCAUCACCACCUCAGCCGUCGUCAUCCCCCCACCGCCGCCCAGCACUACGCUCCGUGUCCCGCCGCCGCCAGCCCCGCUGUCCUCGACCUCGCUGCUACCAUUGCCGCCCUCGAGUAUCACCUCCUCCGUCGGCUCCCUCGUCCCCUCGCCGCUGCCGUCCUUGUCCACAACCUCGUCGUUCCCGGCUGCCGUUACCGCCGCCGCCGCGCAUAACGCCCACCGCGCUGGCGGCGCGCUGGCUGCUAUUGCUGUUGCCGCUGCGCUUCUCUAG